GGACUCGGAGCGCCGGGAGGCCUGGGAAUGCCCUGUGUGGGGAGGGAAGCCGAGCGCUUCCUGCACGAGCAGCCCGGGACGGGGAACCCGUACGCCGAAGAUGCUUUGCUUCGGAACUACUUGAGAAGGCACCUUCCUCCUGAGGUACAGGAGGAGGUGAGUCAGGACCUGGAAAAAUUUGGAAACCGUUUGYGAACUGAGAUCCAACCUCUAGCAUGGGAAUGUGCGUUGAAUCCUCCGGUCUUUCGGCCGUACGGUGCUUGGGGGCAGCGGCUGGAUCAUAUUAUCACCUGCUCGGCCUGGAAGAGGAUGAAGGAAAUCGCAGCAGAAGAGGGGCUAAUUGCUCAGGCUUAUGAGAGAAGAUACUCCAACUGGAGCCGUGUGCAUCAGGCCAUCAAAGUCUACUUAUUUUCAAGUUUCUCUGGAGGUUUCAACUGUCCUCUGGCCAUGACGGAUGGAGCAGCCAAAGUCAUUGAGUCACUGGGUAUUCCUGGAUCUCUGAAAAAUGUUUUCGAUCAUCUGACAUCUCGUGACCCCAAGAAGUUCUGGACCUCUGGCCAGUGGAUGACGGAGCGCAAGGGAGGCUCUGAUGUUGCUAAUGGCACAGAGACCCUGGCCAGAAAGCAGCCAGAUGGUACAUAUCAUCUCUACGGCUUUAAAUGGUUUACAUCAGCUGCUGAUUCUGAUGUGACGUUGACCCUGGCGAGGAUAGCGGAUGCUCAAGGACAUGUAAAACAGGGUUCUGGAGGUCUGUCCCUGUUCUUCUUGAAGGUUCAAGAUGAGGAUGGGAAGCUGAACAACAUCAAAGUGCAAAGGCUGAAAGACAAGCUGGGUACACGCCAGAUGGCAACAGCAGAGCUAUGGUUAGAUGGAGCCAAAGCAGAGCUAAUCUCUGCAGAGGGUCGUGGAGUGGCCUCCAUCUCGAACAUGCUGAACAUCACUCGGAUCCACAAUGUCAUUGGUGCAGUAGCUUCCAUGAGAAGGAUGAUCAGUCUGAGCAGGGAAUAUGCUCUUCRGCGGGUUGCCUUUGGGAAGCUUCUCAAGGACCAUCCCCUCCACAUGCAGACGAUAGCCCGGAUGGAGGUGCAGACCCGAGGGGCAUUUCUGCUGCUCAUGGAGAUAGUUAGAUUGCUUGGACUUGUAGAAACCAACAUGGCAAAUGAGCAAGAGCAGCUUCUCCUGAGACUGCUGAUACCAGUAGCCAAACUUUACACUGGAAAACAGGCUUCUGCUGUUGCUGUUGAGGCCAUGGAGAGUUUUGGGGGACAGGGCUACAUGGAGGACACAGGCCUGCCAGUCAUAGUCCGUGACACACUGGUGCUGUCCAUAUGGGAAGGAACAACAAAUAUUCUGUCACUUGAUGUCCUGCGAUCGCUCACUAAGAGUCAAGGGCAGGUGAUGACUGUGUUCAUCUCCACAGUGCAGAGAAAACUGGAGUCGGCUUCUAGCACUGAGAAACUGGAAGGUGCUGUGAAGCUGGUGCAGGAGGCUGUCAGACUCGUGCAGAGCGCUGGCUCCAAAGGGGCGGCAACCAUGGAGAUAGCAGCAAGAGACUUCUCCUACUCCCUAGCGAGGAUCUAUGCAGGUGCUCUUUUAAUUGAACAUGCAGCCCAGCCCGAUUCCUCCGCCACGGAUGUCUCCACUGCUCAAAGGUGGUGCAACCAAGAGUUGUGUCCUGUCAGCACGGAGCUGAAAAACGGCAGCUACGAUGCUGAGGCAGCUUUCCUGGACAGCUGCCUGGUGUACGACGGGAGCCCCGUUGCACACAGCAAGCUGUGACUUGGCACAGGUACCUGGGAAAAUCACAGUUGUAGAUUACUGAGGCUCAGUCUAAGACAGUGAAAUGUUCUUACCAGGUUUUAGGCAAAGGCUGAGUGAUCACGUGCAGAUAAAGACUUGACGCAGCAUCUCUUCAAGUGCAACUGGUGUUCAUGCUAAGGAAAAGCAACCAAACUCAAAAUGAAAUUUAUCUGACRCUGCUUAAAUAGAGAAAACUAUGAUUUUGAUACAUUUGCCUUCUUGCUUUCCAGUGUUGCUCCUAAGCAUUCUUCCACCCUGGCAGCUGCCGGGACUCAGUUUUUUCUGCCAAGGCAACCUUGACUAAUCUCUAACAAUUUGUUCACAAGCCAGGUGGUCGGGAGGCGCCAUUCAUACCGGUGACCUCUGGGGCAACUGUGACACUUGAUUGCAGACCCUGUGGAUCUGUGAAACUCUGUAACUGAUCUUGGCAGCUUUUUGGGAAAAGCAAAACCAUUGUAUAAAGAAGCUUCCCUUUUCUUAAUCCUGCCAUAGCUGAGGGGAUGGUUGAGUAAGCUCAUUGGGCACUGUUGUUCUGGCUGUGCUUUUGAUGUUUCCUUUCUUUCUUGUCCCAAACAAACUUCGCUGUGCUUUAGAGUAAGCUGAGGCGGAGGCUUCACCCUGUAACGCCUCUGAGCAGGKGCCUGAUCCUGUGAAAGCCGCUAGGUAACGCAGCUCCAGAGCCACGAUGGGCAGCAAAAACAUCCUAAGCCUCUGGCACUGGAAACAGAGGACACAAUARUUUGGGAUUUACAUCCUCAUAAACAGUUAGCAUCAACAUCAACUCUACUGUAUGAAGCUACUCUGGAAAAGACA